AUGGGGCUCAGGGAAACCCUCGCCAUGGCCGAGCGCCUGUCGGAGGAGCAGAUCGCGGAGUUCAAGGAGGCUUUUUCCCUCUUCGACCGCGACGGGGACGGCUGCAUCACCACCAAGGAGCUGGGCACCGUCAUGCGCUCCCUGGGGCAGAAUCCCACCGAGGCGGAGCUGCAGGGCAUGGUGGGGGAGCUGGACGCCGACGGCAGCGGCACCGUCGACUUCCCUGAGUUCCUCUCGUUGAUGGCGAGGAAGAUGAGGGCCACGGACAGCGAGGAGGAGAUCCGCGAGGCCUUCCGCGUCUUCGACAAGGACGGCAACGGCUACAUCAGCGCGGCCGAGCUGCGGCACGUCAUGACCAACCUGGGCGAGAAACUGACGGACGAGGAGGUGGAUGAGAUGAUCAAGGAGGCCGACUGCAACAACGACGGCCAGGUCAACUACGAGGAGUUUGUGAGGAUGAUGACGGAGAAGUGA